AUGACAGAAGAAUGGGUCCCCGAGGUUAAGGAGCAGCAAGUGGAGCAGGAAGCAUCUGAAGAUCUACAACAUGAUGAUGCUCCGGAGUACUCUGUAGGAGAUCAGUAUGAAGGUCCAGUCAAAGGUGGACAGCAAGGGAAGGAGCAGGAAACUGACAUCAAUGCAGGUAAUGUGCCACAGGUCAAAGGUGGACAGCAAGGGAAGGAGCAGGAAACUGACAUCAAUGCAGGUAAUGUGCCACAGGUCAAAGGUGGACAGCAAGGGAAGGAGCAGGAAACUGACAUCAAUGCAGGUAAUGUGCCACAGGUCAAAGGUGGACAGCAAGGGAAGGAGCAGGAAACGGACAUCAAUGCAGGUAAUGUGCCACAGGUCAAAGGUGGACAGCAAGGGAAGGAGCAGGAAACGGACAUCAAUGCAGGUAAUGUGCCACAGGUCAAAGGUGGACAGCAAGGGAAGGAGCAGGAAACGGACAUCAAUGCAGGUAAUGUGCCACAGGUCAAAGGUGGACAGCAAGGGAAGGAGCAGGAAACUGACAUCAAUGCAGGUAAUGUGCCACAGGUCAAAGGUGGACAGCAAGGGAAGGAGCAGGAAACGGACAUCAAUGCAGGUAAUGUGCCACAGGUCAAAGGUGGACAGCAAGGGAAGGAGCAGGAAACUGACAUCAAUGCAGGUAAUGUGCCACAGGUCAAAGGUGGACAGCAAGGGAAGGAGCAGGAAACUGACAUCAAUGCAGGUAAUGUGCCACAGGUCAAAGGUGGACAGCAAGGGAAGGAGCAGGAAACGGACAUCAAUGCAGGUAAUGUGCCACAGGUCAAAGGUGGACAGCAAGGGAAGGAGCAGGAAACGGACAUCAAUGCAGGUAAUGUGCCACAGGUCAAAGGUGGACAGCAAGGGAAGGAGCAGGAAACGGACAUCAAUGCAGGUAAUGCGCCACAGGUCAAAGGUGGACAGCAAAGGGAAGGAGCAGGAAACUGA